GUAACUGAAAGAGAAAGAUGACCUGAUAUUCCACUAUAAUGUUAACAAUUAAUGUUCACCUAACCAUCAUCAAUCAAAUUUUAUCUCUCUGUAUUAUCAAGUUUACUUGAAAGUAACGUACACCUUCAUGGUUUCAGGCCAAAGUUGCAGAAAAAAAAAAUACUACUGAUAAGCUGAUGUCGCCAUGAUUGGAUGAUCGGUCUUAGAGGAAGAGAAUUACUGUGCAAAUAAAUCUUCUUCAAGAUAAAAUGGAGGAAAUUCAACUGCAAGAACUCGAAAUCUCUACUACUUCCGGUAAUGGUCCCAAUUGUUUCACUUGCGAAAUUUGUGUACAGAUAGUUCCGGUGAACAGGCAAUUCAAGAGCAUGGAGAUGAUUGGAUGCUUGCAUCCUUACUGUACUGAUUGUGUCGCAAUAUAUAUUCAAGAAAAGGUAAUCGAAUACAACAUGUCUGAGAUAAAGUGCGCUAAUCCCGACUGCAAUGUUAUAUUGGACGCUUCUUUGUGCCAAUCUGCCCUCCCUAACGGAGUCUUUGAGAAGUGGUGCCGUGUUCUUUGUGAAUCAGCAGUACUUUUGGAUUCAUCGAAAGGCGGGAUAGCGUACGGACGAUCUUAUUGUCCUUCUCGAGAUUGUUCUGAGUUGAUCUUAAACGAGUGUGUUAGAGCUUCAGCCUCAACUAGCUCCAACAACAUUACUGCAUCAAACUGCCCGAACUGCAAAAACCUCUUCUGUUUUCAUUGUAUGGUUCCAUGGACGGAGAAUCAUAGAUGUAGAAGACAUGAAACGGUAAUUGAUAUUGAUAGUAACGAUGUUUUGUUCAUGGAGAUGGUUAAGCGCAGGGGAUUGGUACGAUGUCCAAAUUGCUUCCGUUUUGUUGAACAUAAAGGAGGUUGUGCUCUCAUCAAAUGCAGGUGUCAAACCAGAUUUUGCUACAACUGUGGAAGGACGAGAUGUGUAUGCAAGUGCGACUGGUGCGGGUGGUUGUUGGAUAUUUUUCAGAUAUUACUCGUCAUCUUGUUACUCUAUUUCAUAAUCUACAAAUGAUCUCUGUCAUUACAAUUUAGGAAAUGUGAAUUGUUCAGAAUGUUUAUUGGCAAAUCUAAUCCAGUGUCUGAGAAGCAAUAGGCAAAUAAACACUUGUAAUUACACUAGAAAUGAUAGAGCUUACAUUUACACUUGUAUGGCACAAAUCAUUACUCUUAUCAUAUGCAAUAUUGGACUUACAUUCGCAUAAUAAUUCUCUUCC